GGUAUGUAUAUGUACCGACCUACCACCUCCUUGCCUAAUGUCAGCCGCCCGCAGACCCACUAUCAUCCCUCGCUAGACACGGACUAAGCACUAACUGGCUCAAGAGAGGGAGAGGAGUAUCGGUAUUGUCGUGCCCCUCUUGACUUCUUAUUUAACAACCAUGCCCGCGCUGUUACCGGCCCAGAGCUAUUAACAUCUACAACCUCCCUACCUGAUUUCGUCCGGCGCCUAUAUCGUCUCCGAGUUCUAUCUACCCAGUCGACAUGGCAUUCGUCGCUCCCACGGCCGGCAAGGCGGGGGUCAUCCCCACGCUUAAGUUGAACGAUGGCAACGAGAUCCCCAUACUCGCUUACGGCUUUGGCACCGCCAACUAUGGCGGCAAAGACGACGAUAUCUCUAAGCUGACAGUCAUGGCCAUCGACAACGGAUACUAUCAUCUCGACGGUGCCGAAUUGUAUUCCAACGAAACCGGGAUAGGCGCCGGCAUCAAGGCGUCUGGCGUGCCCAGAGAGAAGCUGUUCGUGGUCACCAAGGUCGUCGGCAGCAAAGGCCAGGACGUCCAGGCGGCGUUUGCGGCUUCGCUCGAGAAGCUGGGAGUCGACUACGUAGACCUCUACCUGAUUCACGUCCCGUACGCCGCGGAGUCGCCGGAGGACCUGCAGAGGAUGUGGGCCGAGGUAGAGGCGAUCAAGGCGUCGGGCAAGGCGAAGUCGAUCGGGGUGUCCAACUUCGAGGAGGCCGACAUCGAGACGAUCCUGCAGACGGCCAAGACGGUGCCGGCGAUCAACCAGAUCGAGUACCACCCGUACCUGCAGCACGGUAACUUGGUCGAGUACCUGCGCGGGAAGAACAUCGCCGUCUCGGCGUACUCGACCCUGACCGCGGUGACGAGCGGGCGCCCCGGCCCGCUUGACGAGACGUACGCCGCGCUGGCCAAGAAGUACGGCGUGUCCGAGGCUGACGUCGCGCUCCGGUGGGCGCUCGACCAGAACAUCGCCGUCAUCACCACGAGCCGUAGCGCCGACAGGCUCCGGGGCUACCUGAAGGCCCUGCCCACCUUCAAGCUGGAGCCGGAGGAGAUCAAGCGCAUCGCCGAGAUCGGCACCCAGAAACACGUCCAGGGCCCCGGCGAGGCGUUUAUGAAGAAGAUGUUCUGCUCCUAGGCCCGGAUGGACCUGCUGUUUAGCACUAGUCGUGGCGGGAGCGCCUGGUCUCCAGCGCACGGCUGGCGCCUACAUAGAGCCGCAGUCUAAACGCGGCAGCUCGUGUAUUCUAUCCGCGAACCGUCGUGUGCUUCAAUCCUGUUGUGUCCUGUGUUACGAUGCUCGCGCCGCGUGUGAGAAUGCCGGAUUGGUAGGUAUCAUAGAACGGUUACGGGCUCCCGGCUCGACACCACCGCCUCCGCCUAGGACCGUGUCAGAGGUAGACUCGGGACGUCCGAGGUAUAUGAACUAUGUGCCACAAGCGAGAUCUCCCCGGCUUACACACUGCGGUGGCCAAUCGAAAGAUGGCAUCGCACCCGCGCCGAUUCGCUCCUGCGUCGUGACACUGCGCCAUGGCGUAGCAUACGUGGCGCGACCACACCCACCCUGCCAACCU